AUGACCGUCACCCGCCAGGGUUGUCCUGCCACUGAUUCUUCCGACUGUACGUCGCAUUGUCCUUGCAGUAGGGUCAUGAUCUUGGGGACGUCGGGUUCGAUGUGCUCAGCGCGGUUCUGUCAGCGUCCCGCUGCCGGGGUCAGGAUGGAGAGCAGCAGCCCGCUGGGCUCGACCAACACCUUGGACUGGAGCACCCGCCAAUUCCGCUUCCUCCAGCCAUGGGUCUUCCCAGUCUUCACCCCGAAGGAGUGGGCUGACUUAGAGCUGCUCGCCAGCAGCUACCUCAACAACCUCAUCCACAUGGUGAACCAGAUAGUGCAGCAGAGGGCCCUGAAGUUCCCCUUGGUGGUGCAGUGCUCCAUGGGCUGCUGGCUGGGCCCCAACGGCACCGCCAGCAGCUUCUACGACGCCGGCUUCGGUGACAUGCUGCUGCAUGUCCUCAACGUCACCUUCGUCAAAACCCUCCACAAAUUGGUCCAGUCUGGGAAGGAGGCGCUGGAGAGACAAGUGAAGCCCGUGGCCGUGGUCUUCGCCCGGCCAUCCGGCCCGGGGAGCCUACUGCUCGUCUGCCGUGUCACCGGCUUCUACCCGCCGGCCCGCUGGGGGAACUACGAGGACGUGGACGCGUCCCAGCCCCGCGACUCCAUCCUCUAUCAACCGCAGAUUUUCCAGCUGACCCAAACCAGCGUCUUCCCCGACGCCAGCUCCACGGAUAUAGCGGCCAUGGCCGAAGGCGACAUGGAGAAGAUCGAGCCCUACUACAAGACCUACAUGCGCAACUUCAUCCAAUACGUGCGCAAGAUGGGCAGGCAGGCCGGCCUGGCCUACCCCUUGGUGGUCCAGAUCCAGGCUGGCUGCAAGCUCUACCUCAACGACACCGUCAGGGGGUUUCUCAGCGCUGCCGAAAAUGGCACAAACCUCAUUGCCUAUGAACUCCGCAGCGCCCUGGCGGUGGCCACCGGUGACGGCCGCAGCUACGCCUGCCGCGUGCAGCACAGCAGCCUGGGCGACCGCAGCCUGCUGGUGCCCUGGGAGAGCUCCAAGGCAGGGCAGAAAGCAGCAGGCAGCAUCGCUGUGCUGGUCAUCGUGGCUGCGGCCAUCGCUGGGGCCUUCUGGUGGCGGAGGCGCAGGAAAGAGGUGAACAGGGCCCUGCUGGAGACCACGGCCUUCCCGAGCCUCGCCACCUCUCCCCACGGGCUCGCACGCUCUCCACAUAUUCCUGACCUUCGCGUUUCAAAACCCCACCGUGUCGGACAUCUCGAUCCAGGCGGUACUGAACGAUAUCGUCUUUGCUGCUCUGCAAAAACAUACCUGGGAGAUCACCUACCUCCAGCCAUGGGUCUACUCAGCCCUGCCGGCGGCCCAGUGGGAGAACCUGCAUAACCUGUUCAAAAUCUACGUGCACAACUUCAUCCUUCUGGUGAACGGAGAUGCCAAGCAGUAUCAUGAGUCCUACCCCUUCAUGUACCAGAGCUUGACCGGCUGUGACCUGUACCCCAAUGGCUCCUACACGAAAUUCUACCAUUUCGGCUACAACGG